UCAAAUGCUAACUUUUUAAGGCCUUUUCAAGUAAGUAUUGGCUCACUUGAGUGGCUGAGAUAUUGCCGGAUCUGUGGUAUUGAAACGCGAGAGUGUUGUGGCUCGAGGCCUGAGCACAGCUAACAAUGUUUGGCAUAUACUGUAGUGUAAGCACAGGCAACACAACACACAGCACAGGGCUAUGCUAUGGCAGUGUAUAGAGUGGUCCCUCCCUUACUAUGAAUUCUUCAACACUGUGUGUGUGUGUUAUGUAUUGAAUGUAUGUAAGCAUUGAAUGUUUUAUACAUAAACUCAGUGUAUGUGCUGUUUGUGUGCCUUUUGUUACAAUCAAACACUGUUUGUGUUUAUUAAUCGCAUUAAUGGCUCAUUAUUUGGCAAAUUAAGUGACAUUUGACCCCACAUUGCAUACAAAUGACACACAUUAUGACCAAACUCUGCUAAUUAUAGUCUUCAGUGAUCACCAAUGAGUGUCCAUUGUUUUGAUGGAUGUCUCCAAUUCUGACGCGGAUUUUGACUCUUAUUGGGAGGAAGAGGCCCGUAACCCGAACCGCAAUCGUAUCCGAAUUGGCCGACAAUAUCAGGCAACUGUUCAACCUAUACUUAAAAAAGGUGAAAGUGAUGGCCGAAAAUUAGAAGAAUUAGAAACUUUGUGGUGGAAACCAGAUAAUGACUUAACAGACCAACAAUUAGACCAAUUCUUGAGUGUAGCCAAAGCUGUCGAUCUCUUUGCUCGAGCUAUUGAUAAGAAUUAUACAGAAGAAAACUCAACGACCGAAACCAGUCAUAAAGAGACUACCUUCGGCUCAGAUGAGGUCAAUACUAAUUCCGGUGAUAAUACGGAAUGCGAUAAAAGUGAUGACAAGAACAAAGACAAAGAGAACACCAACACCACGACCUCAACAUCGACAUCCACAUCAAAGGACCACUCGAUUCAAAAUGCACUCAAAGGAUUGUCUGACUUUGUGUCGUCACACCAUCCAAAACAUCAUGACGUUAGCUGUCGAGUGUCGACGACUAUAGAAACAACUAACUCUUUGGACAUUAAUUCAAACAAUUUGACGACUUUAGUGACAUCCGAGUGGAACGUUAACGAAAUUCAACUGUUUUCUCGAGCGCUGGAAGUUUGUGGUAAAAAUUUCAGUGCAAUUAAAAAGGAUUUCCUUCCGUGGAAGUCAGUCAAGAGUAUCAUUGAGUAUUACUAUUUGGGUCUUAAUCGAGAUAACCCUCAAUCACCUACAGUUAAAAGUGAAAAUCACAGCCAUUCAAAUCAAAGUGAUAACUCAUUAAACACAGACACCGACUCUCCUAUAAGCAAAUCAUUUGCAUUAGACAUCUUGUCUUCAGUUUCAAAGUUUAUGACUUGUACUCAGACAAAGACAGAAGUGAAUAAUUGUGUCGACAAAAGCCAAAGUUUGCGAAAUUCAUGUGACAGUAAUAAUAAUAAUAAUAAUAGUAGUAGUAGUAGUAGUAACAGUAAUAAUACUGAUACUAAUACUAGUAAUACUACUAAUACUAAUACUAAUACUAGUAAUACUAAUAGUAAUAAUAGUAAUACUAAUAGUAGUAAUACUAAUAAUAGUGAUAGUGAUGUGAAGCCCAAUGUCGAUGAUUUAAAGACAACAGUCAGUGGCCAAGAAGUGAAGCCAUUAAAAGCUAAGCCAAUACUUCCAACUUCUAUUCAAGAGUCAAAUAAUAGCAUUUCAACUCUGGGUUCGCUUAAGUUUUUUUUAGACGGACAGUUAGUCCUUAAACUGAACGCUCAGCAAGAGUUGAUCGGACAGAAGUGUCAAUGGGUUGAGUCAUUAGAUACGGCAAAGAAGCCAAAACCCUUACAUAAACCAAGUAAACGAUUACUUAAUGAUCGCUACGACUCAGACCAUCCAAAUCAUUCAAAUCAUAAAUUAUUAAAUAAUGAAGAGUUAGACGACGUAUCCAAUGAUUCCAGUGAUGACUCGUCUAUGGAGAGCAACGAAAGUGCUUUAGUUCCGUCGCCAUCGGCUUUCAUAGCAAAGAAAGCCAAAGUUAAACUCGAGAAUAAUUGUCUUAAACCAUCGCAAUCUCCCAAUUCAUCGCUAAAAGAUUCAAAACUCGAAACUACUAAUGUGUGCAAUCGUAAUAUAAAAACAGAACUCUCUUCUUCAUCAAAAAGAGAUACCUUAAGUCCCAACAUCGGUGAAGACGACCGCAAAAGACGGAUAUCUAAUGAACAAACAAGUGAACGAAGGAAUCUUCAGAACUCUUUCGAUAAUAAAUGGUAUACAACAACAUCUGAUAAGUCUUCAGCAUUACAACCACCGAAAGCCCAUUCAAUAGCAACUGGCGCUCAAUCACAGCGCCACUUACAUAACACAUGGAGUCCAUCUUCAUUUUCAUUACCGUCGACGUCCACAUAUUCAGUGCCAUCUCCAUCAUCGGUGGCAUCAAAUGCAAUACCUGUAGACCUGACGAGAAAGUCAUCAAAUCAUAGUCCCUUUGAAACUAAGUCAUUGUCGACGAGCUCUUCGGCGCCAAAUUUUAACAGUUAUACCGAUAAAGACAAAAACUCAAAGAUAUCAACUCCGAGUCCACCUCGUCUGCAGUCGCCGUUUGUCUUUCCAUUUCCUUCACAAUUACCACUAUCUCCGACUCAAAGUCAGAGCAAAUCCAAAAAAGAAGCAAAGUCUUCCAGCAAUUUGUGCCAAAAGGGGUCUGAAAGUCGAUCGCAAGUGAAACCAUCGCCACCAAGUUCUCCAUUAUCUCUCCCAUCUUCAACACCUCCUCCACUUCACUCUCAGAUGGGUUAUAUGCAGAAUCCGUUUUCUUCAUAUUUACCUAUUUAUGAACAAUAUUAUCGUUACUUUUAUGGAUAUAAUUCAUUUCCACCGAAUCAUUCACCAGGUGAAAGACAGUCAUCGAGUCAAACACCAAAAGAAAACGAGACAAACAAUAAGGAUAGGACUAAAAUAAGAGAUGGACUGCUGGUUGAUGUCACUGAACCCAAUUGUAGCUCUUAAUUGAUUUGAUUAAAUUAGUCAUUGGAUUGGAUUACAGCAAAAAAAAAAGUUAUUACCAGUUUAGAUGAUUAAUAAAUAAAUGGGAACUUAAAUGAAAAAAUUAUUAUUAUUAUUAUUAUUU